CAUGAACCUCGGGUUGUCACAGUCAAAGGACAGGGUAAAGUCAUUCGUGAGUAUGCUGCCAUUGAUACAGAGCUGGAAACGUUUGUGGUGACAAUUUGGGAAACUUCUGUAUCCGAUGAGAUCUAUGCUAAAUUGGAACCUAUUUCGAAUAGGACACCGUUGCUGUUGUUGAAUUUUUCAGUCGUGCCAUAUUACGGAUUGAGUCUGACCACCAAUGCUCAGUCAAUUGUCUUGGAUAGCUCUGAGAAUGAAAUGCUAAUUGAACUAGAGAGAUGGAAGCAAGAGAAUGAAGGGGCCAUCAACAUGUUAGUACAAACUGGUGGUUUUUUUGAAAAGAAAGUGUUGCGCUCACCUAAGCAACCCCUGCAGAUUACUAAAGUGGAACAAAUGUUGCAGAAUCAAGAGAAUACAUACUUUAAUGUAAAAGUUAAAGCAAGAUUGGAAAAUGAAUACCAAGACUACUUUUACAUUGGUUGUCCAAUAUGUUCCACAAAGACAGUUGCCUCAUAUGGUACAGAGUUCAUGUGUUACUCAACUCCAUGCAAGAAUAUGAGAAUAGCCAAUCGGAGGUGCUAAUCGAUCAAUACCUCUUUUCUUAGUUUGUAUUGAUUUGUACAAGUGUGUAUAUUAGAACACUUGAUUUUACUACAGCUUCAGAUUUAGUCUCAUGGUCUUUGAUGUGUCUGGACAAGUGGAAGUCACUUUUUUGGGAAAAGAAGCUCAGAAACUUCUUGGCCUAGAUCCUUCUGAGUUUUAUGAAAAACAAAAUCAAGGACCCAUAACGCAGAUGGAUUUUCUUAGGCAACGCCUAUGCAAUAUUGUCUUACUCUUAAAGAUAAAAAGUCGAAUAUUUAAAGAUGUUUGUACUUUCACUGCGGAUGCUAUUGAGAUUUUACAAGAUGAUGGUGCAAUACCAUCUGAGAAAAUUAGCAUUGAACCUGAAGUUCAUCUGGAGCAAGGGCUGCUAAAAAGUGCGACGAGACAAUUGGUUUUUCAUGAUUCAUUAGAUAAUGAUAAAGUCAUUCGAGCAAAGAUUGCUGCCAAAGCUAAAGGCAAGGGGAAAGUGUCCCAAGAAAGCCAUAUUGAACAUAUCAAAGGUGAAAAUGAUUAUGAUAUGCUACUCUUGCUUGAAAGGAUAAUAAUUAUAAUUUUGCAACAACAGAUACAAUUGGAAGCUCAUUUAAAGAUAGUAUUUCUUCUGAUGAUGAUAAACCAAUAUCAGGUAACAUUGGGAAAAUCAAAAGAAGAUUUGUUAGCAAAAGGAAAAAAAAAUGAUAAUGAUGGCUUAGUGAAAAUGAGGAUUCUUUUGACCACUUUGAACAAAUAUGAUGUUGAUACACCUGAGAAUUUUGAUGAUGCACAUUUGGAUAUGCCUCUAUCAGGUAAUAGUUAG